CGCAAUUCGGUUGAAUCGCAAUGUUUGGAGCUCCUCGUAAUUCCCUUGAAUCAAGAGUAGAUGGAGCUGGGUGCUGCUGUUGCUGGUGAUCGGUGAUCGCGCAAGAAAUGGAGUUACGCCGAUUCUAUUGAGAAGCCCAAGGUCAGGUUUUGCUGGGUUUCUUCCUCGGGUGAUCCGAUAGCUUGUUCACAGGAACAUCCCUGAGGCACACACCGUCGUCACUUUGAUCUGUGGCAAUAGCUAUAUUGGUUUAUUCUCUCUGCUGAAUUUGAGGUCAUAACGAGGGAGAUGCUUUCAACUGCCUAUUACUCAACCUCAAUCUGAGCAUAAAACGUUGAGGUGAUUUGGUUCAACAGUCAUUGAUUUUGGGUGAACAAUUGAACCGGGGAACUGCUGGAUGCUAUGGAUCUUUCCAUAAUGAAGCUUCUGGAAGAAGAUGAGGACGAAACCAUGCACUCAGGGGCUGACGUGGAGGCUUUCCAGGCUGCCCUUAAUCGUGAUAUCGGAGGUGAUGCAUCAACUUCUCGACCAUCAUCAUCUGAUAAAGGUGUCUCUCAAGGAGACAACCAUAUGCCCAGCCAAUCAUAUCCUGGAUGGCAACCUACUAGCCAGGCUGAAAAUGCAAAUUCUCAAAUUCAACAAGAACAAAAAAAUGCAGAUCAGGAACAGAUGUUGGCACAGAUGCAACGGCAACAAGGUGACUCUCUUGCUGAUCCCCAACAAAAUAACACUUUGGAGGAAGUCAAUCACCAGCAUUUGAAGCAGAAACAAGUGCAAGAUGGUCAUCAACUAGGGCAGGGAGAACAAAAUUCUCUUCAGAUUAAACAAUCUCCUGGCAUGCCAGUGUCAGAAAACAAUUCCCUCCCUGUAAGUGAGCCAGGUAGAGUGCAGACACUAGACAGUGAAUCUCAGUACUUGAAGUUACAGCAAAUGAGUAAUCAACAGGCAACAGUCCCUGGGCAAGCACCAAAUAAAGCAAAUCGCGUUAAACAAGUUCCAUUUGCAUUAUUGCUCCCUGUGAUUCUUCCCCAGCUUGAUAAAGAUAGAGCCAUGCAACUGCAAACUCUUUAUGCCAAACUGAAGAAAAAUGAAAUUGCCAAGGAUGGAUUUGUGAGAAUCAUGCGAGGAAUUGUUGGAGAUCAGAUGCUGAAGCUGGCGGUUAUGAAAAUGCAAACGCAGCCUCCUCCACAGUUGCAUAUCCAAGGUCAAACUUCAGCUCUACCGCAGCACCCUAGAAUGCAGCCUGCUAGUGCUGCAAAAUUCAACGAUUCAUCUUCAUCAGGCCAAGUCCAUUCCACAAUGGAUAGAAAUGGUCCAAAGGCUGGAGAGGUGGAAAGGAUACCAGAUUCUCAAUUCAUGCAACAGCAGCAUUUUCAGAACAUGCAGACAUUCCCCAAGUAUGGAAGUCCUGGUGGUUACCAUCCAUUCAGUGGAACAAAUAUGACUAGUUCUGCUUCAUCUGUCAAAACACAACCUAAUGAUGCACAAAUGAAGCAGAUCCCAAUUCAUCAAAACAUGGGUUCAAGUCAUCCAGGAGGAUCAACUCAGGCAAUGAGCUUGGCGACUGCACCAAAAUUUGAUCGGCAGCAUCCUAACAAUGAUAACAAGAGAGCGCAAUCUGGUUCUCUCCCUCCAUUUGCAAGCAAUAUAUCACUCCAACAAAAUUCAGUUCCUUGGAAGCCCUCUACUUCUAAAGACCAAAGUUCUGGUGCUUUCUCAUCAUCGGUGUAUGUGAAACAUGAACCUGUUGAUCAGCCCAGUGAUCAACAAAAACAACAGUUAUCUUCCCUUCCAGGACUGUCUUCUGUUUCAGCUGGGCAUCUUGAGCAAAGAAUGCCCAUAUCAGGAAGCUCUAGGGACAAUUCUUUUGACCCGCAGUCUCCAGGAGUGGGUUUCUUGACUCCUACAGGUGCUGGGACUUCACGUCAGGAUUCUCUAUCUGCAACACCAGCUCAGGAUACUAACGUCCAGCUAGGCUCCCGUACAGCAUCCACACCAGCGGGGAAUAAUGCAAGGACGCCUUCUAAAAAACCUUCUGUUGGCCAGAAGAAGCCACUUGAGGCACUUGGUUCUUCGCCACCUCCUUCAGGUAAGAAGCAAAAGGUAUCUGGGUCCUUCGCAGAUCAGAGCAUCGAACAACUCAUUGAUGUCACUGCUGUUAGUGGGGUCAAUCUCAGGGAAGAAGAAGAACAGCUGUUUUCUGGGCCGAAGGAAGACAGUCGAGUCUCGGAAGCAUCCCGAAGAGUUGUCCAAGAGGAAGAAGAAACUCUGAUAUUGCAGCGAGCUCCCCUGCAGAAAAAGUUGGCCGAGAUCAUGGCACGAUGUGGUGUGAAGACAAUAAGCAACGAUGUGGAGCGGUGUCUGUCUUUGAGUGUGGAGGAAAGGCUGCGUGGACUGCUGUGCAAUUUAAUUAGAGUCUCAAAGCAGAGGGUUGAUAUCGAGAAGCCCAGACACCGGACCAUUGUCACUUCCGAUGUCCGCCAGCACCUUAUGACUUUGAACCGCAAGGCUAGGGAAGAAUGGGAGAAGAAACAGGCUGAAGCAGAAAAGCUAAGGAAGCAAAGUGAGCCUGAUAGCAAUCAGGGAGUUGAUGGUGAUAAAGAAAAGGAUGAAAACCGUGGGAAAUCCGUGAAGGUAAACAAAGAGGAAGAUGACAAAAUGAGAGCAACUGCUGCAAAUGUUGCUGCCCGAGCUGCUGUGGGAGGAGAUGACGUGUUGUCCAAGUGGCAGCUUAUGGCUGAAAAAGCCCGUCAAAAACGUGAGGGAGGAUUGGAAGUGGCAUCUCAGGUCGGUAAAGACAGUCAAAAAUCUUCAAUCUCUGGAAGAAGCAAUAAGGACAAUCAAGAAGCAGGAAAAAAGGGGCAAGCUGCAUCUGGGGCCAAUAGAAAAUUAGGGAGGAACCAAGCCUUUGCAUCACAACCGAAGGUAGCUCGUACAAUUUCUGUGAAGGACGUCAUUGCUGUUCUGGAAAGGGAACCUCAGAUGUCAAAGUCUAGUCUCAUAUAUCGCCUCUAUGAUAAAGUCGGUUCCGAGAAAAGUGGUGAAUAAUUGAAGUGGCAAUAUUGGUCUCAGCUUUUUAAUUCCUUAUCCAGUCACUCUUUCAAUUCAUUCAAUGAAGUGCAAAAGAUUGCUGCUCCAGAUCAAGUCUCACCAGUGCAUUCAUUCUUUGAUCAGAAAACAAUCAUCUAUUUCUGUCUUAGCUCAGCCUCUCUUUAGUUAGAGAUCCUUCUUACUCUUUCCUGAUAAAUUAUCCGUAUUAUGACUUCUUUUGAUUUGUAUGUACUUUUUGCAGUAAUCACUCUGCCACAAUUUUCCUGGCAGUAGUUGUAUUCUGUCGAUACAUGUUUAGUAUACCUUUUUAGUGUGGGAACUCAUAUGGAA